UACACACCCCAUAGAGCCCCACAGUGUUCCCCAGAGCACCUAAUUAGCUCUAAUUAACGCUAAUUAACGCUAAUUAGGCCGCAAUUAACCGCCUCUGUCCGCCCUCAAUGCCGCCCCCAACCCCACUCACACAGCCGCCGGAAGCCGGAAACGGAAGCGAGUGGGCGGGGCUUCGGGCGGAAGCGGCACAGACAGGGCUUUGGGCGGAAGUGACGUAGGCAAGGCUUCGGGCGGAAGUGACGUAGGCGGGGCUACGGGCGGAAGCGGAAGUGGUCAUAAAAGCUUCUAUCGGGCCAUAGCGGUUCCUAUAUGUCCCUACUGGUCCAUACUGGAACGAGGGGGGGAUCCUAGAAGGGAUUUUGGGUUGAAAAAGGGGGAAAUUGGGUCCAAUUAGCGACUCGUCAAGUGAUUAUACCCAGCUUCCGGUCCCGCCAUUACCCUCUCAGCGCCUCCGUACACCUACUUCCGGCUUCCGCAUUGCUCACUUCCGGCUACCGUUUGCGUCACUUCCGGCGCGACGCCUUCCUCCCCCCCUCCCUCACGUAAUCCAAUAUGGCGGACUCUCCUUCUCUCUCAUCUCCUCCUGUACCGGCGGAAAAUGGCGGCUCGGGGGGAGCUGAAGCGGGACCGAGGCCUCCCCCACCCCCCCCACCUCCACCCCCACCCCCUCCCCCACCCCGGGAGGCGGAAGUGACGGUGGAGAUCGGGGAGACUUAUCUGUGCCGACGGGCCGACGGCAGCUGGCACUCGGCGGAGGUGAUCCAGUCGCGGCUCAACGAGCAGGAGGGACGCGAGGAGUUCUACGUCCAUUACGUCGGCUUUAACAGGCGGUUGGAUGAGUGGGUUGACCGGAACCGUUUGGCGCUGAGUAAAACCCUAAAAGACGCCGUGCAAAAAAACACCGAACAAUUUUUGGGGGAAAUUCAGGGGGAACCGGAACGAAAAAUCACCAGGAACCAGAAAAGGAAACACGAUGAGAUCAACCACGUCCAGAAGACCUACGCAGAGAUGGACCCCACCACGGCCGCCUUAGAAAAGGAACAUGAAGCAAUCACCAAAGUGAAAUACGUGGACAAGAUCCACAUAGGGCGCUAUGAGAUCGACGCCUGGUAUUUCUCCCCCUUCCCCGAGGAUUAUGGCAAACAACCCAAGCUCUGGAUCUGCGAGUAUUGCCUCAAAUACAUGAAGUACGAGAGGACCUACCGCCUCCAUCUGGGUCAGUGCCAAUGGAGGCAGCCCCCGGGAAGGGAGAUCUACCGCAAGAGCAACAUCUCGGUCUAUGAGGUGGAUGGCAAAGACCACAAGAUCUACUGCCAGAACCUGUGCCUGCUGGCCAAGCUGUUCCUGGACCACAAGACGCUGUACUUCGACGUGGAGCCCUUCGUGUUCUACCUGCUCACAGAGGUGGAUCGACAGGGGGCGCACAUCGUCGGCUACUUCUCUAAGGAGAAGGAGUCCCCCGACGGUAACAACGUUGCGUGUAUCCUGACGCUGCCGCCGUAUCAGCGCCGCGGAUACGGGAAGUUCCUCAUCGCGUUCAGUGAGUCAUUUUGGGGCCAUUUACGGCCAUUUUGGGGCCAUUUACGGCCAUUUUGGGGCAUUUUGGGGCAAUUUAGGGCCAUUUUGGGUAUAACCCAUUGCCUCCCAUGUAGCCAGAUGACGAGCAUCACGCAGACCGACAUCAUCAGCACCCUGCAGUCCCUCAACAUGGUCAAGUACUGGAAGGGGCAGCACGUCAUCUGCGUCACCCCCAAACUGGUGGAGGAGCAUCUCAAGAGCGCCCAGUACAAGAAACCCCCCAUUACAGGUCAUUAACUCAUUAACAACCCUUCAUUAACGACCCCAUCACGUUAAUUAACCUC